AUGUCCGAACUGAACCCACUUCUUGGCCAGACCCGUUCUGUGCCAUCUUUCCAGCGUUCGUUCUACAACGGUCUGAAAUUGACCUUGGCUCUGUCGCCUGUCAACUACCUUCUUGUUUUUGUUCCGCUCGGCUUAGCCGCCGGCAUUUUAGGAUGGAGCUCUAACGCGGUAUUUUGGAUCAACUUUUGUGCCAUUGUGCCCUUGGCGCUGCUUCUUGCGUUUGCUACUGAAGAGUUGGCUGAGCAUACUGGCCAAACCAUUGGUGGUUUAUUGAAUGCCACGUUUGGAAAUGCUGUCGAGCUCAUUGUGUCUGUGAUUGCUUUGAAAGACAACCAGGUCCGGAUUGUCCAGGCACUGAUGCUCGGCUCCAUCUUGUCGAACUUGUUGUUGGUCUUGGGUUGCUGUUUUCUUGCUGGUGGCUUCACUAGAGUCCAGCAAACUUUCAACCAGACAGUGGCUCAAACCAUGUCUUCUCUCAUGGCAUUGGCCACUGCUGGUCUUUUGAUUCCGGCUGCAUUCCACGCUUCGGUCACCAUCCCAAAGAAAGACGUCGGCUUUCCCGACCCUAACUCAGACUCAGACAGCAAGAUCUUGAGCUUGUCUCGUGGCGUAGCCAUCAUUUUGUUGAUUCUCUACGUUUUGUACUUGGUGUUCCAAUUGAAGACCCACCGUGCAUUGUUUGAAGAGCAGACCCAAGAAGCUGAUGAUGGAAUUAUUACCUCGACUAUUCCAGCAGAGAAUAAGGCCGAGGAACAGCACUUGUCUGUGUUGGGUUCUCUUUCUGUCUUGGUUCUUGCCACUGUUCUUGUUUCUUUCUGUGCCGAUUACUUGGUGGGUGCCAUUGACGAUAUUGUUGAGCUGUCUGGUUUGUCCAAGACUUUUAUUGGUUUGAUUGUGAUUCCGAUCGUCGGAAAUGCUGCUGAGCAUGCAACAGCCAUAAUUGUGGCCAUGAAAGAUAAAAUGGACUUGGCUAUUGGCGUGGCUGUGGGUUCCUCGUUGCAGAUUGCCAUUUUUGUCACUCCAUUCAUGGUUAUCAUUGGCUGGAUUAUUGACGUGCCUAUGUCGUUGUACUUUUCCACCUUUGAAACUGCUGUGAUGUUUGUGUCCGUUUUCAUCACCAACUUGGUGAUCCUUGAUGGUGAAUCUAACUGGUUGGAAGGUGCUAUGUUGUUGAGUACCUACUUGAUAGUGGCCUUGGCGUUCUUUUACUAUCCAGACAACCCAGUCUGA